GUGAGGGGAGAGCUCCGCUGAGCACCCCAGUUGAGCUUGGUGAAGAGGAUUUAGUGUGAGCUGAGGAGUCCUCUUCUCGGGCCCACCCGUGGUCUGCUGGGAAUCAGCCCAGGCGGGGGCGGCAGGCCUACUUCUCCUGGUGGUGGUGAGUGACAGGAGCAGCAGGAGCUAGGACCAAGGACAAGUGGGAGCUGGGAGCCCCAGGCCCCACCAUGGCACCAUUCCUGCGCAUCGCCUUCAACUCCUACGAGCUGGGCUCCCUGCAGACGGAGGAUGAGGCGAGCCAGCCUUUCUGCGCCGUGAAGAUGAAGGAGGCGCUCAGCACAGAGCGAGGGAAGACGUUGGUGCAGAAGAAGCCGACCAUGUACCCUGAGUGGAAGUCAACGUUUGACGCCCACAUCUACGAGGGCCGUGUCAUCCAGAUUGUGCUGAUGCGGGCAGCCGAGGACCCUGUGUCUGAGGUGACCGUGGGCGUGUCGGUGCUGGCGGAGCGCUGCAAGAAGAACAACGGCAAGGCUGAGUUCUGGCUGGACCUGCAGCCUGAGGCCAAGGUGUUGAUGUCUGUACAGUACUUCCUGGAGGACGGAGACUGCAAACAGUCAAUGCGCAGUGAGGAGGACACCAAGUUCCCAACGAUGAACCGUCGAGGAGCCAUCAAACAGGCCAAGAUCCACUACAUCAAGGACCACGAGUUCAUCGCCACCUUCUUCGGGCAGCCCACCUUCUGUUCCGUGUGCAAAGAGUUUGUCUGGGGCCUCAACAAGCAGGGCUACAAGUGCAGGCAAUGCAACGCCGCCAUCCACAAGAAAUGCAUCGACAAGAUCAUCGGCCGGUGCACCGGCACUGCCACCAACAGCCGGCACACCAUAUUCCAGAAGGAACGCUUCAACAUCGACAUGCCGCAUCGGUUCAAGGUGUACAACUACAUGAGCCCCACCUUCUGUGACCACUGUGGCAGCCUGCUAUGGGGGCUGGUGAAGCAGGGAUUAAAGUGUGAAGACUGCGGCAUGAACGUACACCACAAAUGCCGGGAGAAAGUGGCCAACCUCUGCGGCAUCAACCAGAAGCUCUUGGCCGAGGCCUUGAACCAAGUCAGCCAGAGAUCUUCCCGGAAGCAGGAGUCGGAGCCUGUUGGGAUAUACCAGGGUUUUGAGAAGAAGCCAGAAGUCCCUGGGGAGGAUACCGCAGGUGAAGCUGAGUCCAAAUCCCCCACUAAAGCUCCCAUUUCCCAGCAGGGCACGGACACAGGCCCAUCGAACAACGGGACCUACGGCAAGAUCUGGGAGGGCAGCACCAUGUGCACGAUUGAGAACUUCACCUUCCACAAGGUCCUGGGCAAAGGCAGCUUUGGGAAGGUACUGCUUGCAGAGCUCAAGGGCAAAGGACGGUUCUUCGCUAUCAAGGCCCUCAAGAAGGACGUGGUGCUGAUCGACGAUGACGUGGAGUGCACCAUGGUGGAGAAGCGGGUGCUGGCACUCGCCUGGGAGAAUCCCUUCCUCACCCACCUCUUCUGCACCUUCCAGACCAAGGAGCACCUGUUCUUUGUGAUGGAGUUCCUCAACGGAGGAGACCUGAUGUUCCACAUCCAGGACAAAGGCCGCUUCGAACUCUACCGUGCCACGUUUUACGCAGCUGAGAUCAUCUGUGGAUUGCAGUUUUUACACAACAAAGGAAUCAUUUACAGGGACCUCAAGCUGGAUAAUGUAAUGCUGGACCGGGAGGGCCACAUCAAGAUAGCUGACUUUGGCAUGUGCAAGGAGAACAUAUUCGGGGAGAACCGAGCCAGCACUUUCUGUGGGACCCCUGACUACAUCGCCCCUGAGAUUCUGCAGGGCCUGAAGUACACAUUCUCCGUGGACUGGUGGUCCUUCGGGGUCCUCCUCUAUGAGAUGCUCAUUGGUCAGUCCCCCUUCCACGGCGAUGAUGAGGACGAGCUCUUUGAGUCCAUCCGUGUGGACACGCCACAUUAUCCCCGCUGGAUCACCAAGGAGUCCAAGGACAUCCUGGAGAAGCUCUUUGAAAGGGACCCGGCCAAGAGGCUGGGAAUGACAGGAAACAUCAAAAUCCACCCCUUCUUCAAGACCAUCAACUGGACUCUGCUGGAGAAGCGGAGGGUGGAGCCACCCUUCAAGCCCAAAGUGAAAUCCUCGGGAGACUAUAGCAACUUCGACCAGGAGUUUCUGAAUGAGAAGCCACGCCUGUCUUACAGCGAUAAGAACCUCAUCGACUCCAUGGACCAGACAGCAUUCGCAGGCUUCUCCUUCGUGAAUCCCAAGUUCGAGCGCCUCAUGGAAGACUGAGGCGCGUGGACAUGUCCUCCAAACCCCGGCGGGGAGCAGGUGGCUCCCCCUUGUCCGCACCUGCCGUGGCCCACCGAGCGGCAGUGUGACUGUCCUGACUUCUGCUGCUGCCUCCCUGUCCCCAGAGGGGCUCAGCCCUGCUGGCUGGGCUCUUAUGGUACUUCCUCUGUGAACUGUGUGUGAAUUUGCUUCCUCUGCCCCAGAGGGAAAUUGUAAAUCCUGUGUUUCAUUACUUGAAUGUAGUUAUCUAUUGAAAAUACAUAUUAUAUAUAUACAUAUAUAUA